GAAAAAUCUCCGGAAAGAGUCUUUCAAUUUCUUCAAUUUCAUGUUGCUCCGGCGACGACGGAGCUGAAAAACCCUAAUUACAACGUCCUUCAAGUCAAAGAAGUAUACAGAGAGAGAGGGCAAUGCGGUGGAGAUAUGAUGCAAGGUCUACACCACCAACAGCAGCAUCUGGCGGCGCUCCUCACGGCGGCGCUACCCAAGGACGACGUCUCCAAAGCUUCUGCUACCUCUUCAUCCCCUUCUUCCGCCGCCUCUGUCUCGCCGCCGCCUUCUGAAGAAGACGAAUCGUCGCGUCUUGCCGCCAUCACCUCUCUUCACCGCGCGAUACUUUACCCUCACAAUUCACUCCUCGUUAUACAUUCCGCCUCCUUCCUCGCUCAAGGCUUGUCUCAACUGCUAACCGAUAAAUUGUACUCAGUGCGUCAUGCAGCAGCUAAAACGUAUGGGGCUUUAUGUUCUGUACUGUGUUCGCUUUCGGUAGCCUCAAAUGGAAGGCAAAACCAUGUUAUACUUGGCAGUUUGAUUGAUCGGUUCGUUGGAUGGUCAUUGCCAUCUCUAAGAAAUAUUGGUAAUGGGUCUUCCGAAUUAGCUUUGGAGAGCCUCCACGAGUUUCUAAGUGUUGGAGAGGUUGGAGCUGUCGAGAGGUAUGCUUUGCCAAUUCUUAAAUCUUGCCAGGAACUUCUCGAGGAUGAGAGAACCUCCGUGAGUUUACUUCCGAAGCUUCUUGGUGUGUUAAAAUUGAUUUCAUUGAAGUUUUUUAGAUGCUUCCAACCCCAUUUCAUGGACAUUGUUGAUUUGCUUCUUGGGUGGGCAAUGGUACCGGACAUUGUGGAGUCUGAUAAGCUUGUAAUUAUGGAUAGUUUUUUACAGUUCCAGAAACAUUGGGUAAAUAAUAUGCAAUUUUCUUUGGGAUUGCUGUCAAAGUUUUUGGGUGACAUGGAUCUGUUACUCCAGGAUGGAAGCCCUGGUACUCCUCAACUAUUCAAAAGAUUGCUUGCUCUGCUGUCUUGUUUUUGUUCAGUUUUACAAUCCUUGGCAUCUGGUUUACUGGAAAUAAAUUUUCUUGAACAAAUAGGCGAAACCCUUUCUCAGAUGGUGCCUGUUUUAGUAAGAUGCUUAUCUGUGGUCGGAAAAAAGUUUGGAUGGUCGAAAUGGAUUGAGGAUUCUUGGAGGUGCUUGACAUUGUUGGCAGAAAUUUUAAGUGAAAGGUUUUCUACUUUUUACCCUAUCGCAGUGGAUAUAUUGUUUCAAAGCUUGGAAGUGGAAAAUGUAAACCAAGUUUCUACCAGAAAAAUAUCUUCCUUCCAGGUUCAUGGUGUUCUUAAAACCAAUCUGCAAUUGCUGUCGCUUCAAAAGCGUGGUCUUAUGCCAUCAUCGGUGCAUAAGAUACUACAAUUUGAUGGACCCAUAUCUCAGCUCCGUUUGCAUCCAAAUCACCUUGUCACUGGAAGUGCUGCGGCUACAUACAUAUUUUUACUUCAACAUGGGAAAAGUGAUAUUGUUGAAAAAACAAUGGAUUCUUUGUUUGAAGAGCUACUGUUAUUGAAGGGCCAGCUUGAAAAAAGUUCAAGUAACGGGGAUGAGAUCGAAAUGACGGUAGCUUCUAAAGGUUAUUCGAAAUCUGAGCUGGUUGUGUUGGUAAAUUUUAAUUUGGAAGUACUAUUAAGCUGUGUUGCUUUGGGAGGGCGAGGUAAUUUAACCGGGAAGGCAGAAGUUGACACUCUGAGUGCUGUUAGGGCGGAAAAGUUGGUAGCCUUUUUAGUUAACAAGUUUGAUCCCUUUAAAUUGCCAAUCCAAAGAAGUUCAAAAUUGCAAGUCACUCUUAUAAGAACGUUGGAAAGGCUUGCCACGAUUGAGUUUAUGAGCAAGUUUCCAAUAGGAAAACAGAACAGUGGGAUGAGUUCUCCUGAAACAUCAUCUGGGACGUAUGCGGAAGAGGAAAUUGUGAGAGACCUAUAUCCAGCUAUGAUUUUUGGUCAUCUGAGGAGGUACACUAAGCUCCUUAUUAAAGCUCUUGAUAUUUCGUCUCCUUUGGCAGUCAAAGUAGAAGCCCUAAAAUGGAUGCAUAAAUUUUGUGAAAAUGUUAUUUACAUAUAUAGCAACAUAAAGGCUCCAUUUUACCCUUGUCAAGCAGUUGCAUGCUGGAAAAUUAUCCAGGACUUGCUUUUCUCGACCUUAGUUGCUGCUUCAGAUAGGGAACCAGAAGUGAGAUCUCGUGUGGCAAUAGUUCUUGAGAUGCUUAUGGAAGCAAAACUUAUCCACCCCAUGCACUUCCCUCUUAUUGCUGGAAUUAUCCUUGAAAAACUUGGUGAUCCAGAAAAGGAUAUAAAAAAUGCAUAUCUUAAGUUGCUUUCUCAUAUAUUACCUAUUACAACGUAUAUAUGCGGUCUUUGUGAUAGUGGAGCAGUCAACACAUGCCAGCCUCGAUUUCCUGCUAUGGCCAAUAGUUCUUCCUUGCACUGGAAGCAAGUUUUUGCCCUUAAGCAACUGCCUCAGCAACUCCACUCGCAGCAUCUUAUUUCUAUAUUGAAUUAUAUUUCACAUAGAUGGAAAGUUCCCUUAUCUUCUUGGAUCCAGCGACUCAUUUAUACAUGCCGGAGCAAAAAGCACCACCCGUCUAAUCAGCCUGAGGAGGCAGAGACUUUUGAUGCUAAUGGUUUAUGGUGGGACAUCAAAGUGGAGGAAGACAUUCUUGAAAGAAUUUGCUCGGUUAAUCUCAUUGCUGGUGCCUGGUGGGCCAUACAUGAAGCAGCUAGAUUUUGCAUUACUACUCGCCUUCGAACUCACCUUGGGGGUCCAACUCAAACAUUUGCUGGUUUGGAGCGCAUGCUCCUUGACAUUUCUCAUAUGUUACAGCUUGAGACAGAGCAAAGUGAUGGAGCUUUAAAUGUCAUAGGUUCUUAUGCUCAUUUGUUGCCGAUGAGAUUGUUACUAGAAUUUGUUGAAGCCUUGAAGAAAAAUGUAUAUAAUGCAUAUGAAGGGUCAACAAUCUUACCUCAUGCUUCUCGGUCGAGCUCUUUAUUUUUUAGAGCAAAUAAGAAAGUUUGCGAAGAGUGGUUUUCUCGAAUAAGUGAGCCAAUCAUGGAUGCUGGACUGGCGCUCCAGUGUCAUGAUGCUACUAUUCAUUACUGUUCAAUACGAUUGCAGGAUCUCAGCAACCUUGUGUCUUCAGCACUGACAGAUAAGUCCAGGGUCCAUGCGAGUGAAAAUCUGCAGAAUAUUCGAAGCAGAUACGGUGAUGAUAUUUUGAGAAUCAUACGGAACUUGGCUCUGGCUUUAUGUAAAAAUCAUGAAUCAGAGGCACUGGUUGGCUUGCAGAAAUGGGCAACCAUGGCAUUCUCUCCCUUGUUUGCCGAUGAGAAACAAGGUCCAAGUGAUAAUAAAAACUGGGAAUUUUUUUCAUUGCUUACUGGGCUUGUGCAUCAGGCAGGAGGCCAGCAUGAAAAGGCCGCUGAUCACUUUAUUCAUUUGUUACAGACUGAACAAUCACUCACUUCUAUGGGUUCUGAUGGUGUACAGUUUGCCAUCACAUGUAUUAUUGAGAAUUAUGCAGCUAUUUCUGAUUGGAAGUCUCUGGAAUCUUGGUUAUCAGAGCUGCAAACUAUUCGAGCCAAGUAUGCUGGAAAGAGUUAUUCUGGCGCUUUGACUACUGCUGGAAAUGAAAUGAAUUCAAUUCAGGCCUUGGCUCGGUUUGAUGAGGGUGAUUUCCAAGCAGCAUGGUCAUAUCUUGAUUUGACCCCCAAAAGUUGCAACGAACUCACACUUGAUCCCAAGUUGUCUUUGCAAAGAAGCGAACAAAUGCUUUUGCAGGCAAUGCUUCUCCAAAUUGAGGGGAGGGUGGAAAAAGUGCCCCAUGAGUUGCAAAAGGCCAAAUUAAUGUUGGAGGAGACAUUCUCUGUUUUGCCACUUGAUGGACUGGUGGAGGCUACAUCACAUGUCAAUCAGUUGUACUGCAUUUCUGUAUUUGAAGAGGGUUGCAAGCUUGAUGAAAGCCAGGGCAAGUCCUUCCAGUCAUUGUUACAUACGUAUAUCCAAACCAUGCAGUUUCCUUGUAACCAUGUUCAUCAAGAUUGCAGUUUGUGGCUAAAAGUUCUGCGUGUUUGUAGGAAUAUUCUCCCAACAUCGCCUCUGACUCUUGAGCUCUGUAGGAAUUUAGGGAUUUUAGCACGCAAGCAGCAGAAUUUAAUGUUGGCGACCCGUCUCAACAACUACAUAAAAGACCAUGCCUCAUUUUGCUCCGAUGAAAGAUCUCGCAAUUAUUUCAUCUCCAGCGUGGAAUAUGAGGACAUUCUAAUGAUGCGAGCUGAAAACAAGCUUGAUGAUGCAUUAAGAAAUCUUUGGUCAUUUGUGCAUCCUUUCAUGUUUCCUUCUUCAACUGUAGCAUGCGAUUCUCAUGAGAAUGUUUUGAAGGCCAAGGCAUGCUUGAAACUUUCAAAUUGGUUGCAAGGAGAUUGUUCAGGUAAAAACGUCAAUGGUAUUGUUCUUGAGAUGCAAGCAGACUUCAACAAGAGUGGCAUUUCUUCUCUAGGCAAAGAGGCGCUCACCUUUGGUGAUGGUAACCAAGCCUCUGAAUCAGAACCCAGACUUUUUAUCGAGGAGCUUGUGGGUUCCGCUAGAAAGUCAUCCAUCCUUCUUUGCCCAAUGAUGGGGAAGUCGUGGAUUUUGUAUGCCUCUUGGUGUUAUGCUCAAGCUACAGCAUCUGUCUCCUCCAAUGGUGAGGUGGCUCUUCAUUCUUGUUCUUUUUCUCCGAUUCUUGAGACGGAAAUCCAACCUGAGAGAUUUGCGUUAACUGGUGAAGAAAGAUUGCGUGUUAAAGAAGUGAUUCUACAAUUAUUUCAAGAAAGAUCGGAUAAGAAAGAUUCGCACGAAGAAAGUGGAGAUUGCAAUUUCGACGUUACUGAACGGACCGAUAAUGAGACUGAACCGAAUUCUUUAAUGCAGCAAUUAAUUGAUGUUAUUGAAACUGCUGCUGGAGCACCUGGGGCAGAGGACUGUAGUAGCAACAGCCUAUCUACUGCACUGUCUUCUCAGUUGCGUAAAUGGUUUUUAUCUGCUAAUAUUACCAUAGGUGAAGCCAAGGUAGUAUCCUUAGUAGCUGAUUUGGUUGAUGUUUGGUGGUCGUUGAGGAGAAGAAGGGUUUCUCUUUUUGGUCAAGCAGCUCAAGGUUUUAUAAAUUAUCUUUCGUAUUCAUCUUUGAAAAGUUUUGAUGGUCAAUUAACUGGCCGUGAUGUGGAGUCGAAGUAUCUGAGUUACACCCUGAGGGCCACACUCUAUGUGCUGCAGAUUCUGGUCAACUAUGGAGUUGAGUUGAACGAUAUCCUCAAACAUGCCCUUUCAAAGGUUCCUUUGCUACCCUGGCAGGAAAUAACACCUCAACUGUUUGCUCGAUUAAGUUCUCAUCCUGAUAAAGUGGUCAGGAAGCAGUUAGAGACAUUGCUUGUCAUGCUGGCAAAACUUUCUCCAUGGUCUUUAGUUUACCCGACCCUUGUUGAUGCAAAUUCUCCAGAGAAGGAGCCAUCUGAGGAGCUGCAGAAAAUUCUCGCUUACUUGAAUAGGCUUUAUCCAAGUUUAGUACAGGAUUCUCAACUGAUGAUAAAAGAGCUUGAAAAUGUAACCGUCCUUUGGGAGGAAUUGUGGCUCGCUACACUCCAUGAUCUUCAUGCAGAUGUAAUGAGGCGCAUAAAUUUGUUGAAAGAGGAGGCUGCACGAAUUGCAGAGAAUACAACUCUUAAUCAUGGGGAGAAGAACAAGAUUAACGCUGCUAAGUACUCGGCUAUGAUGGCUCCUAUUGUUGUGGUCUUAGAGCGUCGUUUAACUUCUACCUCCCGGAGACCUGAAACACCUCAUGAAAUGUGGUUUUUUGAGGAGUACCAGGAACUAAUCAAAUCAGCUGUCACAAAAUUCAGGACUCCUCCUGCAUCUGUUGCAGCAUUAGGGGAUGUUUGGCGACCUCUGGAGACCAUUGCUAACUCCUUGGCAUCUUAUCAGAGGAAGUCAUCGAUUUCCUUUGGGGAAGUUGCCCCACAGUUGGGUUCAAUGUCAUCUUCUAAAGCUCCAAUGCCUGGUCUUGAGAAGCAAACUAUGAUAUCAGAAUCAGAGUAUGGCUUAGACAGCUUACACCAGGAAAUUGUGACAGUUGUUUCUUUCUCUGAACAAUUAACCAUUUUGCCAACAAAAACUAAGCCAAAGAAACUUGUUAUAGUGGGGUCUGAUGGUCUGAAAUAUACAUAUCUCUUGAAAGGACGAGAAGACCUGCGACUUGAUGCCAGAAUUAUGCAGCUUCUGCAAUCUGUAAAUGGGUUUCUGCAGUCCUCAUCUGCUACACGUAGGGAUUCACUUUCCAUCCGUUACUAUUCUGUAACACCUAUUAGUGGACGAGCUGGCCUGAUCCAGUGGGUUGAUAAUGUGAUUAGCAUAUAUAGUGUUUUUAAAUCAUGGCAGAACAGAACGCAGUUACAACAGCUUUAUGCAUUGGGUGCUGAUACAAAUAGUGCUGUUCCUCCUGUCCCUCGGCCCAGUGACAUGUUCUACAGCAAAAUCAUACCAGCCCUUAAAGAGAAAGGUAUAAGAAGAGUAAUAUCGAGAAGAGACUGGCCUCAUGAUGUUAAGAGGAAAGUUCUUUUAGAUCUCAUGAACGAGACUCCAAAGCAACUUCUUCAUCAGGAACUUUGGUGUGCCAGUGAAGGGUUCAAAGCCUUCAGUGCAAAAUUGAAAAGGUUUUCCCGGAGUGUAGCAGCCAUGAGUAUUAUCGGCCACAUUCUGGGCCUAGGUGAUAGGCACUUGGAUAAUGUCCUUAUAGAUUUUUCCACUGGAGAUAUUGUGCAUAUUGAUUACAAUGUGUGCUUUGACAAGGGACAGAGAUUAAAGAUCCCUGAAAUCGUGCCAUUCCGCCUUACCCAGACUAUUGAAGCAGCAUUGGGGCUAACUGGCAUUGAAGGCUCCUUUAGGGCGAACUGUGAGGCUGUUUUAGGUGUUUUGAGGAAGAAUAAGGAUAUAAUAUUGAUGUUACUGGAUGCUUUUGUGUGGGACCCACUCGUGGAAUGGACACGUGCAAAUUUUCAUGAUGAUGCAGCCGUGGUUGGCGAGGAAAGAAAGGGCAUGGAGCUUGCUGUAAGCUUAAGCCUAUUUGCAUCGCGCGUCCAAGAAAUCCGCGUUCCUUUGCAGGAACAUCACGAUCUUUUACUCUCUAAUUUACCAGCAAUUGAAUCAGCCAUGGAGGGGUUCACCAGCAUUUUAAACCAGUAUGAGAUUGUAUCGAGUCAUUUCUAUCAUGCUGACCAAGAGCGGUCUAACCUUGUUCAGCACGAGUCAUCUGCAAAAUCGGUUAUUGCUGAAGCUACUAGUACUUCUGAAAAAAGCCGUGCCUUGUUCGAAAUACAUGUUUUAGAAUUCACUCAGGAACAGGCUAUAGUAGUGGAGAAAGCUCGAGAGACAGCAACCUGGAUUGAGCAUCAUGGGAGGAUUCUUGACGCUUUAAGGAGUAGUUCAAUUUCAGAAAUUAAAGCCCAGAUAAAGCUGACUGGUUCAGAGGAAGCUUUGUCUCUUUCGUCUGCUGUUAUAGCGGCUGGAGUUCCAUUAACUGUAGUUCCUGAACCCACACAAAUUCAGUGCCACGACAUCGAUAGAGAAGUUUCUCAGUUAGUAGCUGAGCUGGAUCAUGGGCUUUCUUCAGCAGUUGCUUCACUCCAAAUGUAUUCAUUGGCUCUGCAGAGGAUCCUACCUUUGAAUUACCUCACAAGUAGCCCAGUCCAUGGUUGGGCACAAAUUUUGCUAUCUUUGAACAAUGUAUCAUCUGAUGUUAUAGCAGUUGCCCGAAGGCAGGGUGCUGAACUUGUCAGCGAUGGACACACUUAUAAAUUAGACUCUGCUAAGAGCAAUUAUGAUGAUCUUUGCUUCAAGGUGACAAAGUAUGCUGCAGAUAUAGAGAGAUUGGAGAAAGAGUGCGCAGAACUUGCGAUCUCCAUUGGCCCACAGACUGAAUCAAAAACCAAGGAGCGUCUUUUAUCUGCUUUCAUGAACUACCUGCAUCGUGCAGGUUUCGAGGGGAAAGAGUCAUCCAUUCUUUCAGGACCAGGGGUGCAUGAAGGAACAGUGAACACCAUGCUUCAUGGGGAGAUUGAAGAGAAGAAAGAAAGGUUUCGAAAUGUUUUAGAUACAGCAUUGAUCAAUCUGUUUUCUGAUGUAAAGCGCAGAAUACAUAAUUGUAUGGAUUACUUUGGAGGGGAAAUAAAUACAAACAGAAGCUCGCGGUCGGAUCUUGGAUCCUUUUUUUGUGAGUUUGAAGCGCAGAUAGAAAACUGUGUACUCCUAACAGAGUUUCUUGAUGAGCUAAAACAGCUUGUCGGCCUAGAUGUUAGUGACACUGAUGCAGAUGCAAAUAGUUCUAAUGCGUCACAUGGAAGCUGGGCUUCUAUUUUCAAGACUAGUAUUUUAUUUUGUAAAAACCUUGUUGAGAAUGUGACUGAAGUAGUUAUACCCAGUGUGAUAGAAUCUGUUAUUUCAUCCAAUUCUGAUGUUAUGGAUAUCUUUGGAUCCAUCUCCCAAAUUCGGGGAUCUCUAGACACAACACUCGAUCAGCUUAUCGAGGUUGAGCUAGAGAGAGUUUCUCUGGUUGAACUUGAGUCUAACUACUUUCUGAAAGUAGGUCUGAUCACUGAACAACAGUUGGCUCUUGAGGAAGCUUCUGUCAAGGGUAGAGAUCACCUAUCCUGGGAAGAAACUGAGGAGCUUGUAUCUCAAGAAGAAGCUUGUAGAGUGCAAUUGGACAAAUUGCAUCAGGCAUGGAACCAGAAAGAUCUGCGAAUUUCAUCACUUAUGAAGAAAGAAGCAAAUAUCAGUAGUAGUCUGGUGAGUUCUGAACGCCAGUUGCAAUCUCUCAUUACUACUGAAGAAGAAAAUGAAUCACAUAUCUUGAGAAGAAAAACACUUCUGGCAGCCUUAGUUGAGCCUUUCUGCGAGUUGGAAUCUGUUGAUCAAGCAAUGAUGUUAUCUGUCGGACCUGUUUCAUAUAGCUCAAUUAGAAUUCCUUAUCUUGUUGACUCGAUAAACUCAGGAUGCUCAAUAUCUGAGUAUAUAUGGAAGUUUCCUGGUUUACGACGCAGUCAUGCCUUCUUAAUUUGGAAGGUUUUUAUGGUGGAUCUUUUGCUUGAUUCCUGUACACAUUAUAUGGCUACAUCAUUUGAUCAAAAUUUAGGAUUUGAUCAACUUCUUGAUGUAGUAAAGAAAAAGGUUAGAAGCCAAUUUCAGGAGCAUAUCAGUAAAUACUUGAAAGAUAGAGUUGCUCCAACUUUUUAUACCAGAUUAGACAGAGAAAUAGAGAUUCUGAGGCAGAGAACAGAGUCAGGUAAAGAUAUUUCAACUGAUGAAAUUCAAAAGGAUUUUGUGGAUGUUAGAAGAGUGCAACUCAUGCUUGAAGAGUACUGCAAUGCGCAUGAAACUUUCAGAUCGGCAAGAUCAGCAGCCUCCAUCAAGAAAAAGCAGGUUAAUGAACUUCAAAACGUACUUCUCAAGACCAGCUUGGAAAUUGCUCAGAUGGAAUGGAUGUACAAUAUCACCUUGAGACCCUUGGAAAUUGAUAGGCUGAUUUCUCAUAAAUUUUGUGCAAAUGAUGAUAACUUAUUACCAGUUAUACUCAACACCAAUAGGCCAAAAUUGCUUGAGAGUACACGAUCUUCAGUUGCACAAAUAGCAAGGUCACUGGAACGCCUGCAAUCUUGUGAAGGAAUUUCUGUCACAGCAGAAGGGCAGCUUGAGAGGGCAAUGAGCUGGGCUUGUGGGGGUCCGAAUUCUAGUUCUUCCGGAAAUGUUCAAGCUAGAAAUACAGGAAUACCUCCUGAAUUUCAUGAUCACUUAAUUAAGCGGCGAAAGUUGUUCCUGGAAGCUCGAGAAAAUGCAUCAGACAUAAUGAAAGUUUGCAUCUCUAUGUUGGAGUUUGAGGCUUCAAGAGAUGGCAUGUUUAGGUCUACAUAUGAAAUAUCUCCUCUGAGAACUGGAGCAGAUGGUGGAAUGUGGCAACAGUCUUACCUAAAUGCAAUAACGAAAUUGGAUGUUACCUAUCAUUCUUUUAUACGGGCUGAGAAAGAAUGGAAGCUUGCACAACACAAUAUGGAAGCAGCUUCUAGUGGUCUAGUUUCUGCAACUAAUGAACUUUCAAUUGCUUCAGUAAAAGCAAAGUCAGCAUCAGAUGAUUUGCAGAGCACACUUCUUGCAUUGAGGGUCUCUGCCCAUGAAGCCAGUGUUGCAUUAUCUUCAUACAGGGACAUUAUUGGAAGCCAUAGUGCGCUGACUUCUGAAUGUGGUUUCAUGCUUGAAGAGGUCUUGGCUAUAACAGAAGGAUUGCAUGAUGUUCACAAUUUGGGGAAAGAGGCUGCCGUCUUACACUCUUCUCUUAUGGAAGAUCUUUCAAAGGCUAAUGCAGUCCUCCUCCCACUUGAGUCCCUACUGUCGAAGGACAUUGCUGCUAUCACUCAUGCUAUGGAUAGAGAAGAAGAGAACAAAUUGGAGAUUGCGCCCAUUCAUGGACAAGCCAUAUUUCAGUCUUAUCAUAAUAGAGUCAAGGAGGCUUUACGACUGUUCAAGCCUUUGGUUCCAUCUCUUACAUUGUGUGUCAAGGGUCUUUACUCCGUGCUGACCAUGCUGGCGAAGGCUGCAGGUCUUCAUGCUGGCAAUCUUCACAAAGCUCUCGAAGGAGUAGGUGAAAGCCUGCAAGUUAAGUCACAGGACAUUGAUCCGUUGAGGGCAGAUGUUACCGGGGCUGGACCUGAGUAUGAUGAUGCCCAGGAGAGUCGCAUGUUUAUCAGAUCUGAUGGUGAAAAUGAUGGGAAUUCUGUUGGUUCAGGUGAACUGGCUUUACUAGAUAGUGGAUGGAUAUCUCCACCAAUGAGCAUCACUAGCAGCACCACAGAGUCGGGUGAUACAUUUGCUGAGGCAAGUCUUGCAGAUAGCUUCAGUAAUCGUGAUGUGACAGGUGGCUCUGCAAGCCAGGAGAAAGGAGAUUCUCUGGAUUACCUUACAUCAAAUGUGACUGAAGUAUUGGAAUCGCCCAUUGGGGAAACAGAUUCUGAAAAUAAGCAGGAAAACUCGGAUUUGGUGCAUAAAGAUGCAGAACCUGUGUUAAACCAAGACAAAACUGAGGAAGAAUUAGGGAGAGCCUUCACUAAUUUGGAGACUGUCAGUCAAUCACACACGGGCAAAAAUGCUUAUGCUGUAUCACUCUUAAGGCGUGUAGAGAUGAAACUUGAUGGCCGAGAUAUCAGUGAUAACAGGGAAAUUAGCAUAACAGAGCAAGUAGAUUUUCUGCUCAGGCAAGCAACAAAUAUCGAUAACCUUUGUAAUAUGUACGAAGGUUGGACGCCUUGGAUUUAAUCCCAGGAAAAAAAGACUAUUCGUUUGUGCCCCCACUAAGUCUUCCAUGGAGCACUCCAAAGAAAUGCCUUCUCUAUCGAUGGAACAUAUAUUGUUCAAGGAGGUUCUUAUAUGGAGGCAAUGCUGUUCUGGAUUGGAAGAUUCUAGUACAGGCAGAUAAAGAUUGGAGGGCUCCCCAUGGAACAAAUUCAGCCCGUCUUGUGGUGGGAAAUGUUCUAAAGAAAGUGUACUGUGCCCUUAUCAGUCAUUUCACGUUGUUCCCCAUUCGGAAAAAAAAGGGUUGAGAUUGUAUCGGCUGGAGAUGCUGUGUCGGGAUUGUGAAGUGCAUAAUCAACUUGGGUGAAAUGAAGGGCUCACAAAGUUAACGAGCGAAUGUGCGAUACAUCGAGAUGAUUGAAGCAUUUGAAGUCCUUUUUCCUUUGAAUAUUGUGAUAAUCAAGUUGCUCCUGUGCAUUGUAUGUGAUUGGUUCUUGAUCACUCAGUUUGAAAAAAGAAAUAAGACAGUAACUUAUAUUCUUCGUUGUUUUACCGUGUCGAGCGGAGACUAAUUUAUUAGCAAUCUAUAAAAUAUAGUUUUCUAGUU